AUGGUUCAAGACAAGCAGUUAGAGUUUGUUAAAUUCAAAAACAUAAUGAGAAAACUUGUUUUUACUGUCGGCUUAUGCACAAAAGAAGACUCCAGUUUUUUACACCGUUCAUUACUUAUCAUUUAUCUGUUGUUUUACGUAAUCCCUGUUAUCGGCGCAUGUAACUUUCUUAUCACUAACAUUUCUAAUAUAAGUCUCGCAACCAGAACUGUGACCCAGCUGCUGGGAUUUUUGACUGCAGCAUGUUUCAUAAUCAACCGCAAAGAUGCGGAUGAUCUACACUCGGUGCUAGAUCUGUACUUUGAAAAACUACUGCAGUCGCGAAAAAUGUCUAAUAUGGUGCUGGGUAAAGUCAGGACUUUUCGACGCUGGCCAACAUUCAUCACAACAUUUGUCACAAUUGUAUGCAUGUCUUAUGCAAUCAUUCCGAUCAUUUCAAUCGUAAAACAAUUGCGACAUCGAUACAAUCUUCUCUAUCUGACGAUAUAUCCUAUCAAAGCUCGCCGUAGCAGUUUGCUCUACAAUUUUUAUUUUUUUGACGAGUAUGUAAUGACUAUAAGCAUGAUUUUUAUUACUUCGAGUUUAGAUUCGCUUUUCACGUAUUAUAUUUUUCAAUUGAUUGGAAUGUUGCGGGAAAUUUCGUAUCAUAUUUCAAUAAUCGAUGAUAAAAAUGGUGAAAUAAUCGUACGUCAGUGUGUUGACAAGUAUCAAGUGUUGCUAAAAGCUUGUAAUCAAUUGAGAAAAAUUUAUGGACCAAUCAUUUUGUGGACCAUGAAUGUCAACGCACUUAUUCUUUGUGCUGCAAUUUUUCAGCUAUCUAUUGCAAAAACGAUACCAGUCAUCUCGAUGAUUAUAUUCGCAGCGCACGCAAGUCUAAAAUUGGUUCAAGUGUACGUCUAUGCUUGGUCUGGUACACAGCUAACUAUUGAGGUAAUUAAUCAUACACACGAAAAAUUCAGAGAGAGUAUCUACGCCGCUAAUUGGGCUGGUAACGCGCGGCUAAAGUCUUCAAUAAUUAUAAUGUUAGCCCAAAAACCACUCAUAUUAACUGCCUGCGGCUUAUUGAAUGUGACUAUUGAGAUGUUCGUAAAAGUCAUAAAUACUUCGGUAUCUUACUUUUUGUUGUUGAAAACUUUUGACCAAAAA